GGAUCGGGUGGGCGGGUGCGGGAGAAAGGCAGGGAGGCGGGCCGGGCUUCUGCCAGCCUCGGAAUGGCCCUGGGUGCCAGUGCUUCAGCCGUGGGGCUGAGCGCUUAAAAGUUUCUGGGGGGGCGGGAAGGCCAGGGGGAGAGGUUUCCCCUGUCCCAGGCAGAUCUGGAUGGGGGGGCCCUUGUCACCAUGGAGGGGGUGCUGUACAAGUGGACCAACUAUCUGAGCGGUGAGUAGACCGGUCCUGCCCUGUCCUCUCCCCUCGCCAGGCUGGGACGGAGAGGCAGACAGCGCGUGUCUUUGUCUGUCAUGGGAAGGGAAGGGGGCAGCAUCGCACGCGCCCCAUCCUGACUCUCCCGGUGGGUCUCAGGCAUAGGAUCCAACUCCUAGGGUCCCUUCACCCCCACUCAAUAAAAUAUUUGAGGGGGCUGCCGCCAUAAUAAUAAUUUAUUAUUUAUACCCCGCCCAUCUGGCUGAGUUUCCCCAGCCACUCUGGGCAGCUUCCAAUCAAGUGUUAAAAACAAUACAGCAUUAAAUAUUAAAAACUUCCCUGAACAGGGCUGCCUUCAGAUGUCAAGAAGAUACCUGCUUAUUUCCUUCACAUCUGAAGGGAGGGUGUUCCACAGGGCGGGCGCCACUACCGAGAAGGCCCUCUGUCUGGUUCCCUGUAACCUCACUUCUCGCAAACGGGGGAACCGCCGGAAGGCCCUCGGCGCUGGAUCUCAUUUAAAAAGUUGAUGGGCAUUGUCAUUCAAAUGGUUCGCAUGUGCCAUGUCAUGUGAUCACGUCUUCUUAUCUGUGCCCCCCCCCCCAAUAUUCAAGUUGACACCCCUGGUCCCAAGCGCUGCAAUAGGCAGGCUCAACCACGAAGGUACCGCAUACAUCUUUAAGGUGCCUUGGGACUCUUGUGUCAUCCCUAAAGAGUUUCAGAGGCGCAGCAAGUGUAGGAUCUGCUUCCUUGCCCCCCCCCAAAAAAAAACCCAUCAAGCAGGGAGCGGCUGCAGGUUAAAGGGCACCAGAGUGCAUGAGAAGAGCAGCAGGCUCAGCCUCUGGCUACACCUCGGGUUAGACAUGGUCUGAGCUGGCAAGGUGAUGGGGAAGAGAACUUUGCUUGGGACAGCGAAUGCUGCCUCUCAGGAAGAAGGCAGCAGGGGACUAGAUGGAUGAAUAAGUCUGACUUGGGAUGGGUUCAGCAUCGUGUGUUUCUGCAAGUCUACAGCUGGCACCAGCGUAGCUCCUCUAUGUAUUUUGGAGGGUAAGAACAGAAAGUUAGAGGAAUUUAUUGAUAACGGAGUGAUAAAUAUGAUACAAACAUAUAUGUAUAUGUAGUUGAUGUUUGUCUUGUUUCUUUCACAUCUGUGUUCAGUGAGCUGCUGUUGUUGCCUUCGUCAAUUGACUGAAGUCUGAGUUUCCUGCACAAUAUAUGUGUGUGUCUUAAGAGUGUGCCUGUGCCCUGAUUGUGGUGCUCAAAGUGUUGUGAAGCAUAUCUUCUGUUUGAGAAGUUACCCUUUGGAAGAUCAAGUUGUAAUACAAAUCUGGGUGAGACUGCCAGGUAUAGGGUGGUAUAUAAAUUCAUUAAGUAAUAAUAAUAAUAAUAAUGAUAACAACAACAACAAUAGUUUUAAUUUAAACCAACUCAGGGGUGGGGAACCAUUUCCAACCAGUGAGCAGGAUCCUUACCUUCACCGUCCCCUGCACACCAUUUUGACAGGUGGGUAGGGCCAUCCACCUGCCAGUCACCUGACAACAUCUUAAUGUCACCAUUUCCUUUCCCUGAAUUAUUCCAGACCACAUGGGCAGAGGUUCAAUGAUGUGUAGGCACCCAAGGUCAACUGACUGGCAGUUCCUGCAAACCCCAUAUAUGAUGCCAAGUGAAGGACCAGUGGGCAUAGCUAAGAGAAAAUGGCUUUGUGGACUGAAUUAGGCACUUGAGCCAGAGAUUCCUCACUGCUGGAUUGGUCAUAUAGAAAAGACAUAUAGAAAAGGCAGCUGUGCCUAAGGAUUAACUAAGUAUCACACAGCAACUUGACUGAUGGACUCUGUCAGCUCACUCACAGAGUUGUUACCUGGGCUUUUACCUGCGGAUUAGCUUUUGUCCAGAAGAUUUCAUUGGGACUAAAUAGGCCUAACUCAAAUAGUGGUAAAUAGACUUUAAAAAAAAUAAAUGCUUCAGCCACUUAGCAGCACAAUGUUAUACAUGUCUACUCAGAAGUAAAUCUUACUGGGCGUAAAGGGAAAGUAUUAUAGGAUUGCAAAGACAGUAUUAUAGGAUUGCAGCUUUUUACCUGAAGAAUAUUCAAAUUUCAAACUGUUUCCUGUUUACAGAGCAAAAUCUCUAACUAAAUAUAACACUUAAUACAUAAAUAAUAAUAAAACAAAACCCACCAGGCAUGCUUAGCAGAUUUCAGCGCCUUCAUUCCCUCCUGCCCACUCUUAAAACCUAAAUAAUGUCAGAGAAGUGCCACGCUUUCAAAUAUUUACAAGAAUUGCGUCCUCUGCCCUACAAAUAUUUGCAGAGCAAACCAUGGCCGGGUGCAUGGAAUUAUUGGCCGGAGCUCACCGUGAAAGAAAUCAGAAAGUGUAACAGUUUCUGUCACUCUUUGUUGUAGAGCAACAAAACUACAAGGAUGAAUCAGAACGAAGUGUUGCAUAAGCACAGAAUGACACUUUGGUUUACAAAAGGUACAUUUAAAUGAAAUAGGUCAUCCUCAAUGCUGGGAAAAUAUAUUGAUCCCUUUUCACAAACUAGAAUCCAGAUGCCUGACUCGAGAGUGUGAAACGGCAUGCUUUAGCUUAAUGAGUUCAGAAUCUUGCUGCAGUAUUUAGCAUCUCAUCGAUAUCUGAUGACUUGGCGUUGUACAAGGGCGGUAGGAGUUCAGUGAUCGGACAAGGAAAUUUGUACGGAGAUCAAGAACUAGGGCGUGGGCAGGCAACAGAUCACAAAAGCGACUUCCUUCCUCCGUCGCUGACGUGCUUCACAAGUUUUCCUCUCCUGUUCCUGGGCUUUUAGCACAUUUAUCAUUCUUCGGUAGCCAUGAGAUGUAUGAAUUUGCUUUCCAGAACAAAACUGCCCUGUUCUGUUAAUUGAAUUCAGCUAUGCUGUCCAGCACGGCAACAAGCUCCUUUGGGGGGAGGUACAGAGCAACUGCCCGAUUCUAUCCAUGUUUUCCCCAGAAGUAAACUGCAGAAUUCAAUAGGACUCCUUCUCAAGUAAACAUACGCAGGGCUAUGCCAAGGAAAUGUCCACAAAUGAGUUGAGUUUAAGUAUUAAGAGGAUCAAAGCCCAUUUAGGUAGGCUGCAAUCUUUGCAGUAGAUUUUGUAGGAGUUGGUCGUAGUAGUUUAGGUGAGAUGUGCUUCUAAAUAAACAUUGCACAGAACUGCACUAUUACACUGGUUGGCCAGGAGCCAGUCAGUUACUUUAGGAGUGCUUAAGUCAUUGCCCUGCCCAUGUGGGAGGGAAUGGAUGAGUCUUCCUUGCUAGAGCUGAGACAGCUGACAAUCAGGUUCUUAUGUUUGUAGUUGAUGGGUGGGGAGAUAGGGCCGAACUAUGCCACAUAUCACCUCAUACCACAUGUCGUUUCUUCCAGUUUUACACUGUGAGUCAUGCUCUCUGUUGGUGUUUGUUGCUACGCCUUUAAAAAAACACCCUACCUGAUCUUAUGGUGAGGCUCCAUAUAGUUUAUGUUUUUGAUUUUUUAAAAAAAUCAGUGCAAUUAAACAAAACAAAAACUGAACAUAAGCCUACUGGAUCAGGCCAAUUGCCUAUCUAAUCUAGCAUCCUGUUCUCGUAGUGGCAAACGAGAUACGUAUGGAAAGCCUGAAAGCUGGAUCCGACCACAAGAGUACUUUCCCAACCAAUAACUCCCAACAACCAGAAUUCAGAAGUAGGACUGGGCGACAUAUAUCAUCCCAAUCCAGAUUGAAUUCCAUGUUGUGAUACCGAUUUCAUAAAUGUUGAUUUGGCAAUGUAUCGCAAAUCAUGAUGUGUGUUAGGACUGGGCGAUAUAUUGUCCCAAACCAGUUUGAAGUCCAUAUUGUGAUAUUCGUUUCGUAAUUUUUGACCUGGUGAUAUAUUGCGAAUCAUGAUGUGUGUGUGUGCUGUGCAAAAAUAACAAUGUGAGAAAAACCGUGAAGCCAAUGCCAAUGCCUCUACGUACAUCCAUCCUUAUUUCAGACAUUGCGAUAUAUCAAUACAUCAUGAUGUUAGGCUGGUGGUAUAUCACGAUGUUGAAAACCAGAUAUCACCCAGCCAUAUUCAGAAGCAUAUUGCCUCUGAACUUUGUAGGCAGAGGAUAGCCGUGGUAACUAGUAGCUAUUGAUAGCUUAAUCCUCCAGGAAUUGAUUUAAUCUUCUUUUGAAGCCAUCCAAGUUGGCGGCCAUCAGUAGCUCUUGUUGAAGAUGAUUCCCUUAUUUAACUAUUGGUUGAGUGCAAAAGUCCUUUUCCAACAUUCUGCUGCACCUGAUGUCUCCAUGUUCUGGUGUCAUGCAAGAGGGAGAAACCCAUUUUUCUAUCUGCUUUCACGACACUGUGAUGCAUCUCUACUGUGUUUCCUCUUACACACCUUUUUUCUAAACUAAGAAACCCCAGAUGUUGUCACCUUUCCUCAUAGAGUUGCUGUUCCAGCCCGUUGAUCAGUUUGGUGGCCCAUUUCUGAACUUUUUUCUGGUAUUCCAAUAUUCUUUUUGAGCUGAGGCCAUCAGAACCGGACAAAGUAUUCCCAGUGUGGUCACACCAUAGAUUUCUAUAAUGGCAUUAUUAUAUUGGCAGUUUUGUUUUCAGUUCCUUUCCUCACGAUUCCUAGAAUGGAAUUCAAAUUUUUCACACAGGGUCAACAUUUUCAUUGAGCUUUUUCCACUUUUUGCCAAGUUCUUGUUCCUGGUCAGUCCCCAUCAGCUUAGACCCCAUGAGUGUAUGUGUGAAAUUAGGAUGUUUUGUCCCAGUGUAUAUCACUUGCUGAUAUCGAAUUGCAUUUGCUAAUUUACUGCCCCUUUGCUAAGUUUGGAGAUAUUCUUUUGGAGUUCUUCAUGGUCUCUUUUGGUUUGGACAACCUUGAACAAUUUGGCUGACUCACUGCUCAGCCCUAAAUCAUUUAUGAACAAGUUAAAAAGCACAUGUCCCAAUUUCUGCAUACACAAUCUCAACAAGAAACAUUGUUCUCUCUCUGUAUGCAUGUUGAUAGUUGCAAGUGGCCGGAUAGUGGCCUAAUAGGUUUUGUUUUUUAAAAAUAACUUUUUAUUCAAAAUUAAAACAAAACAUAUUAUCCAGAAACAUAUCAUCCUUAUUUCCCCCCUCCAUUUUUCCUCCCUCCCCCCACAGAACCCACCCACCCCCACCCCCCGACUUCCCUCAGUUCCAGUCUUUGAUUUCUCUAAAAAUGCUAUUUUCUGUAUGUUACACAGUUGUAUAGCUCCUCAAACUAUUUAGCUGAUUAUUAUCAUUAAAAAGUUUGUGAAUGUUUAUUCAAAACCAGCCAAGGAGUCCAGUUCACUUUGUUGUGUCUUCAAAUACUUUGUAAAGGGUUCCCAUUCAUCUUUAAAGUCACAGUUAUCCUUGUCCCAUAGCUUGUAUGUCAGUUUUGCCAGUUCUGCAUAAUCCAUCAAUUUUUCUUGCCAUGAUUCUUUAGUUGGGGUUUCUUCAGUCUUCCAUCCUGCGCAGCCUUCCAUCCUGCGCUAAUAGAUUUGUGAGACAGUUAUCCUUCCAGAAGCCACGCUGGCUCUAUAUCAGUAAGAGUUGUUCUUCUAUAAGCUUGGGUCAUUUUAUCUUUAACAAUGCUUUCCAUCAGUUUUGCCAGAACCAGAUGUUAAACCAGGCAUAUGCAAACUCGGCCCUCCAGAUGUUUUGGGACUACAAUUCCCAUCAUCCCUGACCACUGGUCCUGUUAGCUAGGGAUGAUGGGAGUUGUAGUCCCAAAACGUCUGGAGGGCUGAGUUUGCCUAUGCCUGUGUUAAACUAACCAGCUUGUCAUUUCUAGAUUACCCCUGGAUUUCUUAUUAUGCUAAAAAUAGAACCCAAUUGUUGCCAGCAUUUUGAUUAACACUGAAAGCUUCCCUGCAGUAGGGUUCUUAAAAUUUAUGUCAAUAAAAGGGGUACAUUUUGUUAAUACAAAUUACGGAGAUUUCAAAAUAUUAUUUGGUCUUGAACAGGGCUUAUAAGACAAUAGCUAGGGCCUGUUUUUGAGCUGGAUUUUUAACCCUAAGUAAUUUUACUCAACACUUUUUCUUUUAAAUCCCCAUUUGUGAAAUCAUUUAGGAAUGUAUGCAACUUGCUGGCCUUUGCUGGAGAGCUAGCUCAGAUUAAAUGUGACGUAAUAGCAUAAUAUGGCUUUGGGAUUAACCCAGUUCGAAGCAAGUUUCCAUGUACUAACUCCAGAAAUUAAUCUGCAUCUAUAUUGGAAUUAUCUGAUAAUAUUAAAUUAGAAGGGUGUGAUUUACUUACGUAACCAAGCUUUGCAGUAGAUGCAAGUUCAAAUACUUGCACUCUCAAAAGUACCAUAUAAUGAUCACUCCAGUGGCCUGGUUCUCACAACACAGCAAGUUCCCAUGACUGCGCAAAUGUGGACUGGAACGGGAGGUCCUAUGCACAGUGGUUAAAACACAUUUUACAGUUUGUUACAAAAAUACUGUAAAUUGGUCAUGUGCUGGAGGAGCUGUUCUGCCGCUGCAGCAAGACAAAAGAGCAGAGGUUAAGAUUAUUUAUGAUCAGACUCCCAACCGUGAAUUAAAGUAUUACAUUCACUGAAGUGCUAUGUAUUCCUUACACAGUCAUUUUUAUGCCCUGGAGAGGUCCAAAACAAUUAGCUGCUACUGAACACACCGUUUCAUUAUCUGUUACCUGAAUUUCCGUGCAUAUUUAUAUUGGAUUGCUUAUUUCCCACUCCCAUUUUUUUUUGUAAAUAAUUUGUAUUAAUUUUCAAUGACUAAAAUCCAAUAUAAACCACAUUUUAUCAAUCUCAAAUUACAAUUCAGAUUCAUAUAAACACACACACACAUAUAAAUUAUAAAGCCACUUAUACAUUUUUUGUGGCCUCCCGCGUGCUGGAUUUCAAGGUGAAAUGAUAUUAUUUCAUCCUGCUUCCGAGUCUUAAUUAAUCCAAUUACAUUCAAUCUUGAUCUUAAUUCUUUAUCAACAGCUACAGAGUUUUUGACUUCCAUUCGUAUUAGCACAUUUAAUAAAAAAAAAAAUUCUGCAAGAGGAGUUUUGUAUCCCAUCUAUUUCCUGUGUGUGAUGUUUAUCUUAUCCAUGUUGUUGCCUUUCCCGUUCAUAUCUCAGGACACAGAUUGAGGAACUGAAGUCUUCCUGGCAAGACCUUCCCCCCCACUGGAACUGCAGUAGGGGCUUUGUAUAUUAGAUUUGGUAAUAGAAAGCAGAGGUGUUUUUCCAAUAGCAUCAGGGCAAGUAGCUCUGGGGAAGGGUGACUUGUUUGCCUGUACUCUUGCAAGACCUUGGCUUUAAUGGACGUAUUGGCAGAUCUGUGCCUGGCCGCAGCUCGGCUUUUUUGCGUGCCUGACAUUUCGCCAGAUGCUGCAAACAGCUGGUGCUUGUGUGAAACGAGCCAGUUUUGCCCAGGAAUGACCCACCUCUUUCUGUGUAGUGAAGGCGAAGUUCUUCCAAAGCAUAGCAGUGAUGGCCAGCAAUGGCCUCCCCCCAUUAUUCCAGCAGGUGUGGGCCUUGGUUUGUUCUGGAGCUGCUUCAUUUUGGCUGUCUUGUUGCCGUGCAGUAGCCGGAGAAGGGGAACAGAGCAUAGGAGCAAUUCUGGAACAGACUUUGCAAGAAGAACUGAGCUAAGACAUGGGCUGCAAUCUCCUAACCCCCUUUCCCUGCGAGUAAGCCCAUGGAAUUCAGUAUGAUUUACUCCUAAGGGGACAUGGUUAGGAUUGCGCUGUUCACUUCUCAGCAGUCAGGUGUGCACUUACGCGAUGUGUCUCUUUUUUUGUAAAAAAAAAAGUGUUUGCUAUUAAAAAAACCCAAAUUCUGUAUAUAGGUUGGCUUAGUGUUACGUGCAAACCAGGGCAACUCAGUUAAUUCUGCCACAAGUUUGGGUUUUAGCAAAAGUAUACGGACUCACUGUUUUGUGGGGCUUGUCAGCCUGGGAAGGUUGCCCAUCUGGGAGAAGGAAAACUGUCCUAAACCUUUUCUGCCCUGUGGCUACAUAUUCAUUCAUUAGAAAGGUUUUGGUAGUAAACGCCAAGGAAAACCCAUACUUGUUGCCACGUGGGACAUGUUUGAAAGGAGAAAAGGCUAAGGAGUAAACUCUAUACAAAUCCAGAGUGGGGUCCCUAAGACGGUUGGAUGGUGUCUUGUACGCCUCCUUCCGUCAACUCCUGCAGCCAAGCUGGUGCCAAAUGCAUUGUUCUGCUUUCCUUUCCUUUUGUUUUUAAAUUUUAUUUAUGCUUUUCAGGUUUAUACAUUUCACUAAUUUUGCAACCAUUUUAACAUUUCAAAACUUGACUUCCUUCCCCCUCUUUCUGCAGUUCCUUAAAUUUACUUUUAAUAUCUUCUGCAUAUCUAAAUUAACUUAAUUUGCUCAUUUAUUCAUCUACUUUAAAUAUAUACUCUUAUAAAACUGCAGGUUCUUACAGUAAUCCUGCCAAUGUUCUUAUCUGUUUACAAUUUAUCUGUAAAUAUUCCAGAAACCAUUUCCAUCCAAUAAACCAUUCCAAGGAUAAGAAAUCAAGGUAACAAACUUUUUAUAAAAGUUUGUUAUCUUGAUUUCUUAUUCUUCCUGCAAGUUUCACCAUUUCUGCAUAUUUUGUAUCCAUUCUUCCUUUGCUGGGACUUCUGCUUCUUUCCAUUUUUGGGCGAGUUACAUUCUUGCUGCUGUAGUAGCAUACAUGAAUAAGUUUCUAUACAGGUAGUUCUGUCCCUAUAAUUCCCCAAAGUUCUGCUUUCCUUUGGACCACAUCAACAAGGCUGAGAAGGGGAGUCUUGUUCUCUGGGCAGCCCAGGACCGCCAAACACACUGUCCAGACUUGGACGCCAGGGAGAUGAAACGUCGCAGGAUGUCGCAGUUACGAGUUGCCAGUCUCUCUAGCUGCAGCAGGCGUUGUGAUUCUCCGGUGGUUUGACUUCAACCCUGAAGGCUGCAACCCAUUCUCAAGACAGGUGGAUGCAAACAACAGUUUUGCAAAUACCAACUAGAUACAUGUAUAUUCCUUCUGGCUGUGAUUAAAAAAACAUGUUUCUUCCCAGGCUGGCAGCCUCGAUGGUUCAUUCUCGCAGGAGGUGUGUUAUCCUACUACGAUUCACGGGAAGAUGCUUGGAAAGGCUGUAAGGGGAGCAUCCAGAUGGCAGUUUGUGAAAUUCAAGGUAACUAACAUGCAGUGGGACUUCCAUUGUGAACUAAAGGUAAAGGUAAAGGUACCCCUGCCCGUACGGGCCAGUCGUGUCCGACUCUAGGGUUGUGCGCCCAUCUCACUUAAGAGGCCGGGAGCCAGCGCUGUCCGCAGACACUUCCGGGUCACGUGGCCAGCGUGACAAGCUGCAUCUGGCGAGCCAGCGCAGCACACGGAAACGCCGUUUGCCUUCCCGCUAGUAAGCGGUCCCUAUUUAUCUACUUGCACCCGGGGGUGCUUUCGAACUGCUAGGUUGGCAGGCGCUGGGACCGAGCAACGGGAGCGCACCCCGCCGCGGGGAUUCGAACCGCCGACCUGACGAUCGGCAAGUCCUAGGCGCUGAGGUUUUACCCACAGCGCCACCCGCGUCCCUUCCAUUGUGAACUAGAACACGUCAAUUCCAUUCAGACAUCUACACACAGCCUCAUUUGACUGUAAGUAACAAACCUUGGUUUAUCAAGCCAAGAUAUGCUUGAGGCUUAACACACACACACCCAUUUGUGCCACCCUAUCUUUCCUUGACACACUACAAUGGAAUACUUCCUUGCUUAACUAACCAAAUGAUUCAGGAAACCGUGGUUACCUUGAAGAGAACGAGCCAGCACCUGAAACCGUGGUUUGAAGUUGGUUUCAGAUCCUGUCUCCCCCGCCCCCAUCCUCAUUACCAUAGUUUGACCUGUUGGACAUAACGGGAAACCGUGGUUAACUGACCUAGGAAAUCUUCAGCUACAACACGCUGAGAAUGGAAGAGGGAAUUGGCAGCAUUCAUGAGCACAGAGCUCUUGCAUGAUGUUGGCUUAGUAAGCUGAGUCAAGUCUAAUUCUGUUGAUCUUAGUUCAUUCUGCAGACAAUACGCGGGUAGAUUUGAUCAUCCCUGGAGAACAGUACUUCUAUCUGAAAGCCAGAAAUGCGACGGAGAGGCAAAAGUGGCUGAUCGCUCUAGGAACUGCCAAGGCCUGCUUGACGGAUGUCCGGACACAGAAAGAAAAAGGCAAGCCGUUCUUAGCUGAGACUUCUAUCCCCACCUUACUUCCCAGCAUCCCAGAAAACAACAUUGCUUGCUUUGUGUUUCCAGUUUUAUUUUCCAGUCAGCAAAUAUUUAGAACAGUUUGUCUUGUGUUUUGUGGGACCUUCCACACCACAGCCUUUAGGUCUCUAUUUAGUUCCAACACAUUUAGUUUGAUUCAGCUUUACGUGGGCACAGAAAGAAAGAAUUGCCAACUUUAUUCGUUCGUUGAUUAAAUUUUGUCCUCCCUCCAAAUAACCCACCUAUGGGGGGUGAGAAUUGUGAUAAUGGGUAUUUAUUUGCAGCAUUGAAAAGUAUUUAGUUCAGGCAUAGGCAAACUCGGCCCUCCAGAUGUUUUGGGACUACAACUCCCAUCAUCCCUAGCUAACAGGACCAGCGGUCAGGGAUGAUGGGAGCUGUAGUCCCAAAACAUCUGGAGGGCCAAGUUUGCCUAUGCCUGAUUUAGCAAUUUAGAAGCUUUAUAAAGUUGUUUCUGAUCACAUCUGUUUGACUUACCUGUGUUACUGCUAUUAAUUCAGAGUUUACAGAAAACAUGGACACUUUGAAAACAAAAAUGGCAGAGCUCCGGCUGUAUUGUGACCUCCUUGUUGAGCAAGUGGCUAAAACGAAGGAAGUUGGCAUGUCUGGUGUUUCAGCAGCUCAGGUAAUGUGGUAUCAAAUAAAACCUGACCAUGACCAAGGUGCGAGAGAACUUCACAUCCCUUCGCUGUAGCAUCAAUAAUAUGUUACAGGUGGAGCAGCACUUAACGCCACAUCCCAAGAGGCUGGCCUUUGCCUGCUGCUGUUGGGGGUUGGUUGUAUUGUAUGCUUUUCAUUAUUUAGAAAUUGUUUAUUGAGGGUGUUUUUUAUGUUCAUAUCAGUACAGCUUGUAUGGUUCUGCCGUAUGCCGCUCCUGGUGCAUUUAUGUUUACUCAUUAAAUUUAUCUCUCACCCUUCCAAAGAGGAUCUUUAAAACAAUUCCAGUUCAGAUGCAGCCUGGAAAAGAUCAACAUUUAGUAGAACGGGAUGUUAUUAUGGUUGUUAAGAAUGGCAUGCCCUGGACACCCAAGUCUGAAGUUUUGGGGAGAAAGAGACCCCCCAUAUCACUGUAUCAUCUGUUGAGAUGCUCUUGCCAGUGCCUCCCCAAUCAGUAGUGAGGCAGAUGUCAACAGAAGACAGGAGAUGUUAUCUCACUCCUCUAGGAGGUCUAACUUGCCACUAAUAUUACUGUGCAGCAAAAAACCUUUCUAUUCACCCAGAAUUUGUUUUAAAAAUUCUGUUAGCAUUGUCUUAGACUGUUGCUCUACUUCUUCUAUCUGUGCCUUUUAUACUGUUGAUUUAUUGUUGUGUUUUUAUGUCCUUGUGAACACACACACACCCCGGAAUUUUAACUAAAUAAAUAAGUUGUUUGUGCAGGUGUGUCAACCUGUGCUGGAAAAAGCAAACGUUAGGAGCCUGGCUUGGGGCAGGCUCGACAGCCUAGAAACCAGGCAGUUCUUGGAAGGUAAAGUCAUCUUCCCCUUUUUCAGAAUGGAAUUGAUAUGGGAGCGCUGUUGAAAUCCACCUGCACCACCUUUCUGAAGACCCUUGAAGAUUGUAUGCACAUUGCAAACGCAGCCUUCUCUUCGGAGCUACUCCCGUCUGAAUCUCCCAGCGUUUCCAAACCAAACAAGGUAAGCUUAAGCGCAACCUCUGUUUCUGAAGUGGCAAUCCACCCUUCCCUUGGUUGUGCUAUUGUUCAGCACUGCAUUUAUUUAGCAACUUCGGAAUGCAUGAUUUAACUAGGAGGCUGCUGUGCUAGUUUGCCUGUUUGAGUUGUACCCAGUUUUGGAACUUUACAAGUUAAAGCAUACAGUCAAACCUCAGUUGUUGAACAUAAUCUGUUCUGGAAGCCCGUUCGGCUUCCGAGGCGCAGCUUCUGAUUGGUUGCAGGACCUUCCUGCACUCAAGCGGAAGCUGCAUCGGACAUUCGGCUUCCGAAAAACAUUCGAAAACCAGAGCAUUUACUUCCAGGUUUUCGUUGUUCGCGAGCCAAAACGUUCCAAAACAGAGCCGUUCGGGAACCGAGGUUUGACUAUACAAUAAAUCAAGCUGAGGGUCGAAGACAUUUUGUAGUAUAGUCAUUGGUGAAGUGUCCAGUAAGACCCAUUCGAUAAUCAGAAGGACAAUGCUUAAACAAGAAAAAAGGGAACUGACCCCUGAGACCGUGAAGAGCAGCAUACUGCUAUAUAGAGGGCCAGUUCAAAGCAUUUUGCUGCCUGAGGCAAAAGGACAAGAUAGUGCCCUUCCCAUUCCAUGUAUAGAAUGGCGAUGUGAAGCCUCUUCACACCUGAGGGCAGCAGCUACUUUAGAGGGUUCAGGGCAACCUAGCUUAGGGGACUUGGAGGAGAGGGGGAUGAGGCAGGAAGCCUAGCCAGCAUUUUCCACAUCAGAUGAUUGCUUCACCUGCCUAAUGGUAGGGCCAGCCCUACAUGCAUAGGUUUGUGUCUUGAUUCCUUCCAUAGUCUUUGGAUGUAUCUAAGGAAAGCUGAAGCGGCCAGUGGGAAGUGGCGGUGCCACAAACCUAGCCAUCAGAAUAGCUGCUGUUGACUGUGAGGAGGAGGGGUGAGGCAGUUGGGACAUUGGCACUUUAUGGAUGCACCUGUGGAGUCAAAACUGGCACUUCUGCUGGUAUGUCCACACAGUACCAACAUCCUUGCCACUACCUGCUCCCCUCCUGCUAAGGAGCAAUGAGUCUGCUGGCCAGAUGUGAGGGGUGCCACAGUGGCACUCUGAAGGAAAGUAAGUUUCUGAGAUUUAAUGAUACUAGCAUAAACAGUUUUCUUUUUCUUUUUCUUUCCUCCCCACAGCUAAUACCUUCCGUCUUAUUUAGCCGCGAUAUAUCAGAAAGGUACGGUGCACUUUUUUCUGCAUUCAGUUGUAGAAAUUCUCAGAGUCUGACUCUUUGGGAUGAAGCCAAUUAUGCAUCACUGUUAGAAAUAACAAAGAGAAGAAGCAUAAAAGCUGUGAGUGUGUGAGGGGUGUGAGUGUGUAUGUGUGUUCAAUAUAUAAUAUACAUUCUUUAAGUUGUUCCGAAGGAGCCCACCUGAAAUAGGAUGCAUAUCAAUUCCAAGAAACUGAUGGAUGUCAGUUUAUUUAUAUUGUUAAGGCAGUGCUUCUGAACCAUUUUAAGUUGUGUUCUCUUAUUUUACUAGUCUUGGGUUACCGUAUUUUUCGCUCUGUAAGACACACCAGACCAUAAGAAGCACCUAGUUUUUGGAAGAGGAAAACAGGAAAAAAUAUAUUCUGAAUCCCCUGCCCCGGAGAGGCUGCGCGCGGCUAAGGCUCCACCAAGAGCUGUGCUCCCUUUAAAGAGUGUGCGGAGUGUGUGCGCGGCUGCCGUUCUCCCUCCUCGGGGAAAAGCCCCCAAGAGCCGCACACACGCUCCAAGCGGCUUGUUAAAGGGAGCGCUGAGCAGAGCCUCCUGCCUGCAUUCGCUCCAUAAGACACACACACAUUUCGCCUUAAUUUUUAGGAGGGGAAAAGUGCGUCUUAUAGAGCGAAAAAUACGGUAUAUAUUUUUUUAAAAACCUGAAUAUGCACACUAAAAAUACAUAUUAGAGGCUACAGAGCGCCUUUUAAAAAGUAAACCGAUUCUGUGACUUCCUGCCUCAAUCCUGGGGUGCCUUGGGAGUGAAGCCGCAUUGCGUUACAUCACUCCCAAAGCAUUCUGGGAAUUGUGACUGGCAUGAAGUGGCACAAGGCCAUCUCCGCUGUGUCCUGCCUUCCGCACUUCUGAGCGAAACCCACUGAGGUAAGCGGCAACCCCAUUCUGGAUAGUUUGGAGAAAUUAUAUUGUUCAAAAACUGUAAUCAGAUAAUUCUGUUUAAAACAACAACAACAAACUUUAUUGAACAAACAAGGUUCUUUUCUUUUGUUCCUCCCAGGAAGAUGGAAUUAAAAAACUGUGAAAACGGAUCUCUGUAUGCAAACACCAACCUUCAUGAGCGAUCCCUGAUUGAUAAACUGACCCCUGACCCCCUGAAAACUGGCAAGAUGGACUGCACAAACACGAUCAAGGAUGAUUUGGCAGGUAAAUUCAUCAGUGGUUAUUAUUCAGAAUCAAUGGUGUUGACUCGUCCACUUUUUGGGUUUUUAACCAGUGUUCCGUCCGUCUAAAUGGAGCAUAUCAAUUAUUAUUGUGAUUUAAUGCGACAAGUGUGUAAUUUGAAACUUCUGUAUACUCUUGGCGAAAAAGAAAUUGAGAAAGCCACUGAUGUGGAGGCAGUCAUUCUGAAGUCUGUAUUAUUUCAUGUUUGUCCUGCCCUUCUUCUGAGAAUCUCAGGGCAGUAUAAACAACUCUCUCCCACUCCCCUUUUAUUCUCAUGAAGCAAAAUUACCUACAGGUAAAGUAAGGUGCUGCCAAGAGAUACUGACUGGUCCAAGACUGAGUGGGGGAUUUGAACCCAAGUCUCCCUGUUCUGAGUCUUGAAACUCUAACCACUACACCACACUGGCUAUGCAUAAAUCCAGAGACGGAUUUACAUCCAUCUCAAAAGUUUUCCCGUUCAGAUUCUGUACGGGUGAGAAGCUGUACAGAUGAGCAAGCAAGCAUGCCUGCAAAACAGGACAUUUAACGAUACAGAAGAUAUAAAAUCCACCGCAGUCUCCCCCCCCCCCCUUUGUUUACAUUCAGAGGCAGGUCACCAAGUUUAGUUUUCUGAAGAUGUCUCUCCCUUUAAACCCAAGGUGGUGGCAAUGACGAUGGAGAGGACAAGCUGCUGCCAAAAGAGGACAAUCAAGACGACAAAUCUUUAAAGCCUGUAGUGGAAUCGGCAAAAAGACCAACAGCAUUGCAAUCGGAAGAGAAAUCAGACAAAGCUUUACCUACUUUUUUCAGCGCUAUGAGCAUUAGGUAAUGCGCCACCUGCAUAGCUGUCAACUGUCCCUUAUUUGGCGGGAAAGUCCCUUAUCCCAGCACCGUGUCCCGCUGCUGUCCCUUAUUGAUGAUGUCCCUUAAAUUUCCCGGGUUUCAAAGGAAGCAGCUCCUCUCCCUCCCUCCCUCCCUCCCUGCCGGCCAGGGAGGAGGGAGGCUCCAACUGUGUUGCUUGGCUGCAUUGCUCACCCAAUAAGGAGUCUAAGAACGACUGGGGGGUGGAGCUUGCAUGCCUUGUGCCGAUCAAAUCGGCCGCGUUGCCUGGGGACUCGCCUUUGCUCAGCGCUUCCCAGCAGAGAGGUGACAGUGGUUUUUCUUGCUGCAUCCCUUUUGCCGGGUUGCUGUGCUGUGGGAACCACCGCUUGAGGCUUUGUUUGGCUGCUGGCUGGGCUUUCCGCCUUUGGAUCGGAGGGGCUCAGAAGUUGAACAUACCUGUGCUAGAAAAUCCCUUAUUUUGGCUGCUGAUCCCUUAUUUUCAAGGCUGCUGGUCCCUUAUUUUCAAAUCUGUAAGUUGACAGCUAUGGCCACCUGGAUAGAAAUUGCAUGGAGAACCUUAAGGAAUGGUCCAUUAAGGGGGUGAAUUUGCUCUACGUCCUCAGUUUUCUGUAGAGAAGGAGAAGGCAGACUUUGGGGACAUGGGACGCUGCCAUCUACUGAGUCUGCCCACUGGUCUUUCUAGCUUCGUAUUAUCUACAGUAAUAUUUGGGUGUCUGUCGCACAGCAACAAAUCAAUUUUAUCUGUUGCAGACAAAUAUGAAUAUCUAGGUGACACAGGAACAUGCCACUGCAUACAUUUCUGGACAUGGAUAUUAUUAACAUUAUGUUGAUCUCUUUUAUAAAAUGCAUGUAAUCAGAUUCUUGAUCCACCUGAAAAGCACUUUUCCACUCUGUGGGUUUCUCCAGUUGUAUCAUUUCAGCAUUAUCCCAAUUGUGAAGACGAAUAACAUAAAUGGCUUUGAAAUAGGAUUAAAGUGGAAUUAGCCCAUUACCUCUGACUGCAGUGUCACCUUGGAAUUCUUAAUGUGCUCUAUGUGUUCUUCCCCAAAGGUUUAGUGAUAUCAAGCUUUUUGAGGAUGGAGGUAUACCCACAGAAGAAUUCCUACAAUCUUGUAAUGAAAUAGUUCCAGUCUUGGGUAUGUGAUUGCUUGUUUCCUCCGUGAAAUAUGUUGCACAGUGAAUAUCUCUGCUUUGCUAUUGAAGCCUUAGUGAUUCCAUUAAGAACAUAAUGAUAGAGUGUGGCUUAGUGAGACAUCAAUGAAUCUAGCCUAUUUUUACCAAGCUUGUGUGCUCUUCCUUUCACCUCUCUUCCUCCAACCCCUCUUCUCCUCCCUCGUGGUCAGCAGCAAUAAGUUCAGAAGGUUUUGCCUUUGAUAACCAGAGCUUGCCAUGUCAUUCAGACCCCCUAAAAUGCAGUUAAUCUUAAUUGAGGUUAGUUAGCUUCAGAAACUGUAGUUAAUAUUAACCACAGUUUACUGGAUUUGGGCAACACAACAAACUGUGGCUAACCAAAAACAAAAAACCUCCAAAGUACUACACCCAGCUGUGUUGGAUGAAGACAGUGGGUGGUGGAAUGUGUGAACCCAGGAAGAGACUAGUCUUGUUCACAUGAUAAGUGAAGUGUUCAAAUGGAACCAUUGUGUUAUGUGAACAGAGCAGUGUGUUGUUUGGGCAUCCUUGCCCCCAAAGAGAGAAUAAACCGCAUGCAUACCACCUUGAGUGUCAUGACAGAAGAAAGUAGGAUGUAAGAACAAAAAAAUAAAUAAACAAAUCUUAUAAAUAUAGCCAGCACAGACCUCUUAUUUUACAGUGAAUGUACCCGAUAGCUUGGCUUUUAAGCUGUCUGGGACUUUGUGCUUGCCUUUGAUCCAGUGAAAUGUCAUUGAGUUACCCAAAUCAUCGUCCUAGACAAGAACUCCUUUUGGUUACAAAAUGGAGGGGAAGCCCUGCUUUAUAGAGGACGCAAAUAUUCUUGCGUUCUUAACCCAGCUCCUCCUUCAGCUUCUUUCAUGCCUUCAAGAAAAAUCAGAGGUGCUCAAUCCUUUCUGCUCUGUUGCCUGUUAUCCAGGUUGAGUAGGUGGAGCUAAAGCUGACCUUUGAGGUCUUGAAAACUCAUCUUCUUUCUCCUAGACAAACUUGGGCCCACAGUCUUUGCUCCCGUUAAAAUGGAUUUUGAAGGGAACAUCAAGGUAAUGGCUUCAGUUAACAUUCAGUUCUUAAUGAUAAGUAUUUUAAAAAUGAAAAGAAGAUGCUGAAAUAAUCUUGCAGGUGCUGUUCAGAAAAGGGAAGGGAAGUCACUCUGUGCAUGGUUCUUUAUGUGCUUCUCCGGACAUGGGCGCAACCAGGAUUUAUGUUGGGUGGGGUGGACAGGACACCUCCUGUCGUCAUCCUCUGUCUUGUUCUGCCUAGCAGAUUCAGAACGAAAUGUCUCCACAACAGUUUUCAAUUACUUUCUUCUGACCCCAAGUGGUCAAAACAUUUCAGAUACAGUGGUACCUUGGGUUACAUACGCUUCAGGUUACAUAUGCUUCAGGUUACAGACUCCGCUAACCCAGAAAUAGUGCUUCAGGUUAAGAACUUUGCUUCAGGAUGAGAACAGAAAUCGUGCUCCGGCAGUGCGGCAGCAGCAGGAGGCCCCAUUAGCUAAAGUGGUGCUUCAGGUUAAGAACAGUUUCAGGUUAAGUACGGACCUCUGGAACGAAUUAAGUACUUAACCUGAGGUAGCACUGUAUUCUGAUCAUUUCUACUUUUAGUUAAGUAUUUUUAUUUAUUUACUUGACCAUGAGUCCAGAGACAUUCUUCCAUGAGUUGUUAGGCCUUGCUUACCCUCCGCCAUGUGCCAUGGCGAGAUGCCUUGCUGCUGAGUAUUUGAAUCCAAGAGCCACAUUGUUAGGGUGGACUGUGUGGCUCUUUUCCAGAUGUUACUUUCCCCAAGAAACCACUUAAUUGGACCAACCUAUGUGGUUCCUAAUUGAGAUGCAGUGCGGGAAUUUGCUCCACCCUACCUGGCAAGGGUCUUCUGUUCCUUCCCUGUCAGACGCCCCUCACUAUAUAAUUUCUGGGUAUGGGCCUGCCAGAAAUACCAAACGCCAAAGUGUGUGACCUGGUUCUCUCUCCUGUCUAGAAAGUAAAUCAGAAAUACAUAACCAACAAAGAGGAGUUCACCACUCUUCAGAAAAUUGUCCUACACGAACUGAGCUCUGAAGAGGCAGCACUUAGAAACUCUGCCACGCAGGCCCUCCUCUGGCUGAAAAGGUAGGUUGUCUAAUUUUUGGGACAUGGGUGAGGCUGGUUACACUGCUAACCAGGAUCCAUUUUGGGCCAAAACCAAAUAUCCAGCUAAGUCAUACCAAUUGAAAGCAACAGACUUAAGUUUGUUGGUUUCCGUAGUGCGUCUCUACGACUAACACUAGAUAUAACCCAGUUACUGCUUUUUAAUUUGCAUUCUAGAAGAAUGCAAAGGGCACAUUUAAUGAUCACCGGUGACAGUAAACAUGGUCUGGGGCCUACCUCCUGUGGACUCCCUUUCCUUCGUCUGUCUAGUGAAUUCUCCACCCUCGGUGAAGUGAAAAAGGCUCAGUAUGGGUGUUAGAUAUAAAUAGAACUUACAUCAAUUGUUCAGAGGUUCUCUCAGCCUGCCUUCAAGCAUAUCGAGGCUGCUUGCGGACAGAGGGAUAGGUGGGUUUCUCCAUUUGGAAAUGAUCGUGUCUCUUUUCCUGUAAACUACAAACAGAAUUUGCAACUGCACUUGAUCUUAGCCCAAAGGCUGAGAAGCCCUAAUGGUGGCCAAGAGACUGAUACUGAGGAAUUGGAAGAAUAUAGAUAGGAUACCCUUUAACCAGUGGAUUGACAGUAUGACCACACUUGCAGCUUAUGAAUGGACUGCUCGCAGACAUAGACUUUGUUUGGAUAAAUAUGACAACAUUUGAAAUCAGUUUAUACAGGACGUAGCAGGCUAUUAAUAUCUACAUAUGUAUUAGGAUAGUAACAUAAUGUCAAUUUAUAUAAGAAUGUAUGGGAGUAUACUACAUUGUACGUGUGUGUGCAUGUGUGUGUGUUUACACAUUCUUGUUCUUUUUUCUCCCCCCUUUUUUUCUUUGUAUCAAUUUAUUUCUUUAUAAUUGAAAUUCUUCCAAUAAAAUUUUAAUACACACACACACCACAAUUGCAACUGACUUUUCACACUAUUGCGGAUGCCACAUUUUUCAGUAUCUCCAUUCUGCUGUACAGUCAUACCUUGGAUCCUGAACGCUUCACGACUCAGACAUUUUGCCUCCCAAACGCCGCAAACCCGGAAGUGACUGUUCCGCUUUGUGAACGUUCUUUGGAACCCAAACGUCCGAUGCAACUUCCGUGGCUUCCAAUUGGCUGCAGGAGCUUCCUGCAGCCAAUUGGAAGCCGCGCCUUGGUUUCUAAACGUUUUGGAAGUUGAACGGACCUCUGGAACGGAUUCCGUUUGACUUCCGAGGUACCACUGUCCUUUAUCCACACCUGUGGGUGUGACAUAGCUGCUGUGGCUGGAGAAGGUGUGAUUCACCUGAACAGCCGUUUGAAGCUUAGCACACUUUAUAACCUUUGCAGUGGCAGCUUCUCUUUUCUUUAUUAGCACAAUAUCCAUUAAAGAUUAUCCAUUAAAGAUAUUUUUAAAAAAUAAAUGUUUAAUAAACCCUUUCUGGUCACUGCCUUUCGAACAACACUGUUAACACCAGCAACCAGAAUGGGGUUUCUCCCCUACCCAAUAUCCCACUGUCCAUAUUUUCUAUUAAAAGAUAUAUUUUAAAGUAACAAUUUCAAGCGACAGUAUGUGCUCUAACUUUGUUCCCUCGUUCCAAACAGGGGUUUAAAAUUUCUGAAGGAGUUUUUGAAAGAACUAAAGAAUGGAGAGAAGAAUAUUCAAACAGCAUUGAGUAAGUGCAGAAUAUUUUGCAGAAAACUAUGGAACUCCACAUUUUCGAGGGUGGCAGAGGGGAUACUGGCUUAAUUCACUCACAUCAUCACAUGUACUCAGCGAGAGCGGUGUUUAUAAUGAAAACCAUACUUGGAAAUUAAACAUGUUUGCUUUAAGAAGGAACCUUUGUUCGAUUUAUUAUUUUGCCAAACCCCUGAGACUGUCUCAAAAACUUUUACUCUGCGCAGCAUCUUACAAAAUGUUUACCCCUGUCCCCCUUUCUGUCGAAUUACAGAUAAUGCUUACGGCAAAACGCUACGACAAUACCACGGCUGGGUUGUCCGAGGAGUUUUUGCGGUGAGUGAGCUUUUUUUAGUUGACGGUGAUCAUAUGAGUAGAUUUCUUUAAACUCAGUUAUUUUACAGAUCGUAUACACACACUCUGGAUAUAUUCAUGUAUUGCAAUGAACUGGUUUUCUGAUUUUUACAUCUGACUGCUAGUUAGUUCACACAGACACUGUAAGCCAGCAGAGGCUUGGACUCAAACUCCAAUCAGCCCUUGCCAUUGGUCAGAGAUGAUGGGAGUUGUAGUCACAGGUCCCCCCACCAAUGCUGUCAGUAGUAAUGCCAUUGACUUACCUCUGGUACUUCAGGAGCUUACCAAGAAUAAAGUUGUUUUAUGGGCAGGAGGCUGGCUACUCAAUGAUAGAAUCAUAGAAUUAUAGUUGGAAGGGACCCUGAGGAUCAUCUAGUCCAACCCCCUGCAGUGCAGGAAUAUUCAGCUGUCCCAUACAGGGAUUGAACCUGCAUCCUUGACAUUAUCAAAGCCACGCUGUAACCAGCUGAGCCAUCCAAAAGUGAUGCCGAGUCAUUUCAGCUGUGAGUGUGGUAUUUCCUUACCAAGCAUGACAGAAAAGCAUAUAUAUUUCAGGGAAUGGAGGACAGAAUUAUUUUCUUCCUUCCCUCUCUUCCUCAUCAAUGCCUACACAGGAAUAAGCCCUAUUUAAUUCAUUGUGGCUUCCUCCUGAGUAAAUGGGUCUAAGUUGGCAGCCCCCUCUGCUGUUUAAUGUGAGAAACGAUGCUGGGACUCUGCGCGAGCCAGUUGUGGUUGUGUUGUUUUGGGAUUUGGAUAAAAAUUGGGAUUUUGGCGUGUGCUGCUGUUAGUCUUUUUCAGUAUAAGAAUGCAACAUACUUACUUGUGGGUUGACUCUUGAGCAGAAUCAGGGGUGCAUGGGGAUUUGGAAGCAGUAGCACAGAACAUUUAUAUAUUGCUACAUUUAUAUCCCACCUUUCCUCCAAAAAGCUCAAGGCUGCAUACAUGGUUCUCCCCCUUCCCAUUUAUCCUCACAACAGCCCUGUGGGGUAGGCUAGGGCUCCCUCCAGACAUGCUUUUUACUGCGCAUUUAUGAUGACUUGCACCCAUAGGAGCAGUCAUACGCACGCCCAAUUUUAGUACUAUUUGUAUUGAAGCUGCCUAUUGUAUCCUUCAACUUUUCAAAGUGUUGGUGUUGACUUUUAAAGCCCUAAGUGGCCUUGGCCUUGUAUACCUGAAGGAGAGUCUCCACCCCUGUAAUUUAGCCUGGACACUGAGGUCCAGCUCCAAGGGCCUUCUGGUGGUUCCCUCACUGUGAGAAGUGAAGUUACAGGGAACCAAGCAGAGGGCCUUCUCGGUAGUGGCACCCGCCCUGUGGAACACCCUCCCAUCAGAUGCCAAGGAGAUAAGUAACUAUGCAACUUUUAGAAGACAUCUGAAGGCUGCCCUGUAUAGGGAAGUUUUUAAUGUUUGAUAUUUUAUUAUGUUUUUAUAUUCCGUUGGAAGCCGCCCAGAGUAGCUAGGGCAACCCACUCAGAUGGGCGGAGUACAAAUACUAAUACUAAUAAUACUAAUAAUAAUAUUAUACCACAAAUAUUCAGCUUUAUUUUUGUUCUGCUUUUGUUGAACUAGAACCCCUCCCGACAGCAGUAGCAUGGUAGCACUGGGGAAGUGUCACAGCAUCAACUAAUAAAGUGGAAUAAAUCUACCACCAAUGCUCUACAGUCGUACCUCGGAAGUCGAACGGAAUCCGUUCCGGAAGUCUGUUUGACUUCCAGAAUGUUCCGGAACCAAGUUGUGGCUUCUGAUUGGCUGCAGGAAGCUCCUGCAGCCAAUCAGAAGCCACAGAAACCCCAUCAGACGUUUGGGUUGCAAAGAGUGUUCACAAACCAGUUUGCGGCAUUGGGGAACCAAAACGUUCAACUCACAAGGCGUUCGACUUCCGAGGUACUUAUUUUGUUGCAGAAUGCAACCGCAAUAAAACACCUGUCUGGAGGGAUCCAUAGUCUCUUGCUCCACCAUACAGUGGUACCUCGGGUUACAUAUGCUUCAAGUUACAUAUGCUUCAGGUUACAGACUCCGCUAACCCAGAAAUAGUGCUUCAGAAUUUUGCUUCAGGAUGAGUACAGAAAUUGUGCUCUGGCGGCGCGGCAGCAGGAGGCCUCAUUAGCUAAAGUGGUGCUUCAGGUUAAGAACAGUUUCAGGUUAAGUACAGACCUCUGGAACAAAUUAAGUACUUAACCCAAGGUACCACUGUACACAUUUGAUAGGUCUUCAUUAUUUUGCAGGACUCUUUGCUGCCUUUCAAAGAGUCACGCCCACCUAAAAGUUUGCUUAUCUCCCGCCGCACCCUUCCCAGUCUUUGUGCACAACAGUUAAAAUCACAAGACACCAUGUGGAUCUCCUUUGCUUCUGUUCCUUGCAGCUCGCGCUAAGGGCAUCUCCGACUUACGCAGACUUUGUGGCUGCGCUCUCUCUCGGAGAGUGCGAGAACCAGGAAGAAGCUUUUUACAAUGGAAUGCAAAGGGACCUCAACAUCUACCUACCGGCCAUGGAGAAUCAGCUCUGCAUCUUGGACGCACUGUAUGACGAACACGGGCUGGAGUCGGACGAAGUGGUGUGAUUGCCAGCCCCACGCGGUGCCUCGCAAAUUCAGGGAUUGUGUCCGCUAACAUAGCUUUUUAUCCCCAGAAAGCUAUUCUGUUUCUUUGUGUUUUUCCGUGCUUGGGAAGGGACUCGAAGCUUUCUUUUUUAUACACUUUUAUUACUAUUUACAAUUAUUAUUUGAAUGCUUGCUCGUGUUUAAACGCAAAGGUGCUAUACAUUCAGGCGAGAUUGUGACUGUCCUGAUGACAGCUGGAUCUCGCCGUGUUUGCUGUGUGGCAGGCCAUACAUGGCGGUGGUUCCAAGAGCCGUAGCCGCGGCAUUUGGUACCGUUGGGUUGAAUAGUUCAGAGCUUUUCCUUACCGGUGAAAUGACCGCAGGUCAAAUCAACAAAAGCAAUAGUAGCUUUCAGUCUAGUGGCUGUAAAACGUAGCCAGGAUUUGCAAAGCCACACUUCCCAUUUUAGUGCAAGUCUUCCUUGCAGGUUAAAUCAUACCCAGAACCCAGGGUGUUACCAGGUCACAAGUAACCACCCGCUUUCAUCAUGUUGAAGCAAUUGGCUGCAUCCCUCCACAUCAGUUGAAACAAAGGAUCUGCCCCAUGCUCACAUACCAUGGUGACAGAUGACUGCUGACCUCUUAAGGCUGUCAACGUGCUUCCAUUGCUUCCAAGCUGAUGUUCUCGUGCUAAGCCAGAAGCACUGGGAAAUUCCUCGUGCCACAACGAUCAUGUAUCUUGCACACUGCCUGUCUCUGCUCCAACAGAAGGUGGAGGGAACAGAAGAAUGCACCACGUUGCUCCAGCACCCCCUGGUUGCAGAUGCUUUCUAACUUCCGGGUUCACUUGCUUUUGGAAUCGGUAGAACUCUUUGCAAGUUAGGAUUGCAGCUUUUGCAGCCUGUGCUUUAGAGGCCUAUUUGAAACCAAAUCACAAGCAUUCCGUGUCUGUGUUUGAAUCAUUCUCAACUCUGGAUUGCAAAAAGGCUGGAUUUGGAGCAGAAUCUGUGGAAUGGUGAAUCAAUCCAUAAACAACUGUCUUCUUCAGAGUAAUUGGAAGCCUUUUUUUUUUUGUUUUAGGUCCAGAUGUAAUUUCAGAAUACAUGAGCUUUUCCACUGCUAAUGUUUGUUUUUUUAAAAAUAAGAAUAAUACUAGGUUUGUCUAAUCAGAGUUCAGGGUGAACAGCUUUCCUUACGAUUAUAUAUAAAAUGCACCUCUGGUAUAUGAAAGCUGGUAUAUGAAAUGUGUAUUUAUAUAGGCACUAGUAGUGUUACUGGAAUUACUUCUGAGUUCUUACAGACAAGGGAAUUCAAAAUGUUACAUGAUACCUGGGCAGGAACAAGUAGUGUGUCGUGUUCCCCAGACUUAAGGGCUACAUAUCAAUAUAUUGCCAAAACCAGAGUUGGCUCAAUGUUCCCAUCCCAGAAAACUGCCACUGCAGUUUCUCUGUUUGUCCCUUCUGUUGGUUCUUCACAUUCCCCUAGUUCUUCUGUCUCAUUCUUCUUCCUCCCUGUGUGUCGCAUUCUCCUCACACGCAAAAUGGAACCUUUGUUUUCUUGAAAUCCUUUGGGGUCAUUGGUCUCAUGUGGAGGACCAUGGAGGCCUCGGGGUGAAUUGUUCUGAAGGAGAUGAUUACUCUGGCUGUCAGGAGCCAACAGAUAACUGGCCUGAAAGCUUAUUGUGUGGUCUGUAACCAUACGGGAAAGAGAUUUGUGUGGCCAGUCAUGUCAUGUCCCCUGAUUUCAAAGAUAUUCAGAAGAAGUGAUAAUGCUGAGCCUAAAAUACAUAUUUGGAGGCUGCAGUGACAAUCUCACAAAGUUACAGGUAGCACUUGUUCAAUUGGUACCUCAUGGUACCUUAGAGUACCAGUCUUAGAGCUUCCAGUCAUCUGAAUACACCCUCAAUGUCUCUAGGUAAAAACUAGUAUGGAUAGACUAAGGAGAAAUUAGGCUGCAAAAUCAUGAAGGAACCAAUUCCAGUACCCUCAAACACUUUCCACAAUGCUAUUCCCAUAGAACAAGUCUUUUUUAAAAAAAAUUUAAAAAAUCCACAUUAUAAUUGAAACAUACCUAUGGACCUCUGUUGCCUUUAGGAUUGAAAUAGGCGAUCACUGAGUCAGCAGUUUAAAAGAAAGCUUUAAAUGAAUUAAAGCACAAAAUUAGGUACUUGAAUUUAGACACCACAAUAUCUGCUUGGGCUAUAAAAUUUCAAAUAAUCUGGAAUCUGGAAAAUUCAGGGAAAUUGUACUGUUGGGCACAAAUGCUACCAUUAAUACAGCCCUGCUUUUAGUCACUGGCACAGAAGUCAACAGGAUUACUCCAAACACAGUCAUAUUUCAUCUGCAACUUUUCAUCCAUGUGGAGCAUAUAAUCUCCUGUUUAUUCACUUAUUGCAUUUAUACCCUGACUUUCUGAUAAAUACCCAAGGUGGCAAGCAGGGUCAUAAAUGUGUGAUUCAAUAGAGCAGACUUUCUACACCUUGGGUCCUCAGAUGAUGUUGGACUACAACUCCCAUCAUUCCUAGCCAACAUGGCCAGCAGGUCAGGGAUGAUGGGAGCUGUAGUUUAAUAACAUCUGGGGAUCCAAGGUUAAGGAAGGCUGCAAUAGCCCUAUUUUUAUUUUGAACUUCUGGUGCUCACAAUGUAUCAUUUCCUAUCAUUUAUUUAGAUGUCUGUUGUCUUGAAUAUUUGUUGAUAAGAUAGUUUAUUCUCAUUGCAACUUAAGAAAUUUCAAGAGGGCCAUAUUUGGGGCAGAGGAACCCAACUUUGCAUUUCUCUGUUUGAAUGCACAGCACCUAGAUCUUUGAGGCACUUUAUAAAUGUUGUUGUUGACAUUCUGGGUGAGGGAAUUUCUCACUUGUGCCAUCAUCAUACCUAAAUCCCCUCUGCAACAAUGCAAUAAUUUCAAGGAAAGAUUCCCUAAUCCUCUAAAUUCAUUUUGUACAUUGGCUGUUGUUUUAGAUAGGUCAUAACAUUUGAGCUGCAGCAGAGGGCAUGUUUCCAGUUAAUCUCUUCAUCAUUCCCAAGUGAAAAUCCAAGAUGGAGGAUCUUUUGCUAUUUGUUUAUAGAGUCCGGUUCACGUGACCAAACUGAAUUAGGUAGAUUAAGAGGACCUGUGCAGAGAUGAUCAUGUGAUGUGUUCCCCAUGUACUCUGCUCUCAUUGCCUCUCUUAUACCCACCAUUCUCACCACUUCCAGUAGCUUGACAAGUGGUAAAUUUCAAGUUGAAAGCUAGGCACAAAACCCUUCCCCUGUGGGUCAAGAUUAACUUGUUUGUUUGUUUUUGGCAUUAAGUGGCACCCAUUCUGCAUCUGCUUACACCAACAGCUGCCCAUCAUUUUAUAGUAGGCACUUGUGCCAACAAAAUUUUAUUUUGCUUGUUUCCAUUUUGUCAUUGUUUCCUCAGAACAUCGCCUUAUCUUCAGCUCCCCACCCCCUACCCCUUGAGCAGGUGAUCUUCCUCAAACGGUCAGUUUCUCUCUUCCAACAAACACACAAAGAGAGAUAUUCUGAAAAGUAGCGUUCUUUUUUAUAGCGUCGGGCCUCUAGAAUGGCUAUUUUGUUUGUCAAAUGACAUUGCCUAGCAGUUGGCGGUAUGGAAGCCAUUUUGUAUAUAGACACUGCAAAUAAACACAGCCGUCUGCCUAGCGGACAAAAUGGCUGGUUCUCUUAACUCUGCUGAGUGUGAGCAUUUUAGAGGAUAGCUGGAGUGUUUUGAGGUUUAAAAGAAUAAUGAGGUGUCCCUUUCAGCUGAACUACAAGCACGCUUCAAGUGACAGCUAAGUGGUUAACAUGUGUCAUUGACUUGUGACAUAUGAGCAACAGUGAAUUGCAAUUAGCUGCUGCAGCAUGAUAUGUCCUGGUGCGUUUGUGUCAUCUGAUUCCCUAAAAAAAAAAAAGGCUGGUAGAUACAUAUUCUCAGGGAUUUGAGCAGCAAGGGCAAAAACCCAGUCGUCUUUAAAGACUCUGAUUGUUCAUGUAAAUAAUGUUGUAGACCAGUUGAGACCUUCUGCAAAGUGCAUUUCUAUUCUAAACUGUAUGAACGGUCGACUUUUGCACAAGACAUAAGAAGCUUCCAAAACUACUGCGUGUGAACUUCUGUCGGCAUGUUUGACUUGCACUCUGUAUAUCUUUGUAAAGUAGAGUACAUGCCUGUUGUGUUUGAAUGAAGGACAAAAGGUUUUACUAGAGUUAUCCCCACCCCACAGGAGUCCCCAGUAUGUGCUGUGUUGAUCUGGAUAUUUUGUAAUGUUUCCUUUUGAAAACACAGGGAGUUACCAAAAGGCAGCCUGAAGGGCGUAGUGGCAUAUAUCAUCACAUUCUCAUGAUUUGUUACACUGAAAUGGCAAAGGUUUUGAGGCUGGCUAUACCAAUGGAUCACAGCAGGGGUCUUGUUUUUAAAAGAAAUAUUCCUUUAAUAUAUAUAUCAGAGAAUAACUUAUCCUAGUAGAAGUCAUGGUAGGAAAACUAUACAAUUCUAUUUAUUAUUGCCACUCCCUCUCCCUUCAUUUGAACAUGUUGCAUGGCUUGGGAAAUGGUCAACACUUAUGCAGUUACUAGGCAUUGGGGUACAAUCCAGAGAUUUUUUUUAUAUAAAAAACAACAACACAUGGGCUUUUCCCCAUUGACCACACCGACGUGUGUAAUGCACUCCGCAAUGCUUUGAUGAUGACAAUAAAACUUCCUUUGAUUUUAUUGUGUCUAAAUUGCGAUGGUUAUUUCUUCUCUGUAGUAGCGCCCGC